UGCAGCUCUAACGCUGCUGCAGAGACGGUGUUGGGAAUGGAGGAUGCGAGGGAAGAAAAACCCGUAAUGGGUUUUUCAGAAAGACUUACUUUAGGAAUUACUCGGAUUUUAGAGAGCCUCCCUGGUGUGUUAGAUGUACGAUUUGCUGAGAGAGAACCUGCAGAGAAACGAUGCCUCCUCUCAUGGGAGCAGAAAAACAGCUGUGUUUUGCCAGAGGACCUAAGAGACUUCUAUCUCACAACAGAUGGCUUCACUCUCACCUGGAACGCUAAACUAGAAAAUGAGCCAGUCCCUGUUGGCUGUAUGGUAAUAAACAGUGUGGCCAGGUUGCGUCUUCUGGCCCAAUCAAACAUCUACUCCCUACCCAGUGCACCCACUUUAGCUGACCUUGACUUUGAGGAUGCUUUCGAAGGGUCAGAGGGCCAUGAAGAGCCUCACUUUGACUCGCGUAGCCGAAUCUUUGAGCUUGACUCCUGUGGUGGAAACGGCAGAGUCUGCCUUGUUUACAAAAACUGCACUCCAGGUGAUGUGGCCCAGCAGAGUGAAAUAUGGUUCAUGGAUCGGUCCCUAUAUUGGCACUUUCUCACCUCCUCCUUCACUGCAUACUACAGGCUUAUGAUAACGCAUUUAGGCCUGCCAGAAUGGCAAUACACAUUCACGCCAUAUGGACCCAGCCCACAGGCCAAGCAAUGGGCAUCUCUUUAUCAACCCCUUACAUUCCAUGGUGACCCUCACCUCGAUCCAGUUGGGGAACCGUUUCUGAACAAGCUGGACCCAGCCAGGGCGUUCCGUGGCAAAGCCAAGCCAGCUGCUCCCAAGAAGAAGCAGCCAGCCCAGGCCCCAGCGAGCGGAGGAGCUGCUGCCAAAGGGCAGGGGGCCACAGGCAGACAAAGCGUAAACAAACGAUGACACACAGCACCACCAUCAGUGGAAUGUUUCACUCAAACAUCAGACAUGCUCAGCAGCUAUGAAGCUAGGUGUGCAAUGUUACACGUCUGGACACAGAAGGCAGAGUUGAAUGAAAUAGGGAUGCAUCACAUGCUUUUAGUAUUGAGAGGAACUUUCUCAAUAGAGUAUUUAGGCUCUUUAUUUUCUUUGCACAAGUCCUUUCAUGGCAUUGCAUAUAUUGUAUUUAUUAAACAAUUCCCAAAGUA